CCGGAGGGGCAGCACGCAUCCCGGGCGCGCCCCUCCUCCUCCCGGGGCCGCCGCAGGCUCGGCGAGCCGCCUUCCCCCUCCGGCCGUCAGGCUGGGCGCGCAGGGGCGCGGGCCCCCGCCGGGCACGCAGCGGCACCAUGGGCACGGUGCUGUCCCUGUCCCCCAGCUACCGGAAGGCCACGCUGUUUGAGGAUGGCGCGGCCACGGUGGGCCACUACACGGCUGUGCAGAACAGCAAGAACGCCAAGGACAAGAACCUAAAGCGGCACUCCAUCAUUUCGGUACUGCCCUGGAAGAGGAUCGUGGCGGUGUCGGCCAAGAAGAAGAACUCCAAGAAGGUGCAGCCCAACAGCAGCUACCAGAACAACAUCACGCACCUCAACAAUGAGAACCUGAAGAAGUCGCUGUCGUGCGCCAACCUGUCCACCUUCGCCCAGCCCCCGCCGGCCCAGCCGCCUGCACCCCCGGCCAGCCAGCUCUCUGGCUCCCAGACCGGGGUCUCCUCCUCGGUCAAGAAGGCCCCGCACCCUGCUGUCACCUCUGCAGGGACGCCCAAACGGGUCAUCGUCCAGGCGUCCACCAGCGAGCUGCUGCGCUGCCUGGGAGAGUUUCUCUGCCGCCGGUGCUACCGCCUGAAGCACUUGUCCCCCACGGACCCCGUGCUCUGGCUGCGCAGCGUGGACCGCUCGCUGCUUCUCCAGGGCUGGCAGGACCAGGGCUUCAUCACGCCGGCCAACGUGGUCUUCCUCUACAUGCUCUGCAGGGAUGUUAUCUCCUCCGAGGUGGGCUCGGACCACGAGCUUCAGGCUGUCCUGUUGACCUGCCUGUACCUCUCCUACUCCUACAUGGGCAACGAGAUCUCCUACCCGCUCAAGCCCUUCCUGGUGGAGAGCUGCAAGGAGGCGUUUUGGGACCGCUGCCUCUCUGUCAUCAACCUCAUGAGCUCCAAGAUGCUGCAGAUCAAUGCUGACCCGCACUACUUCACACAGGUGUUCUCUGACCUGAAGAACGAGAGUGGCCAGGAGGACAAGAAGCGGCUGCUCCUCGGGCUUGAUCGGUGAGCCCUACAGUCACAUCCUGGCUUAAGGAUUCAAUUCAUUUUUAAAAAUUUAUUAUCAGAUCAGAGUUUUGUGUAUGUGUCUAGCAAAGCCACCAAGGGCCUCUCCCUUUCCACAUUCUCUCCUUGGGGUUCUUUUCAGUCCUGCAAGAACUCUGGGGACUUGUGAACCGCGAAGGCUGUACAAACCCAGAAGAUGUUCCCAGAGCCACCCCUGCGCUGACACUCUCGGGGCGGCUGGCUCCUGCUGCCCUGCCCUCGGUGGUCCAGUGGGGCGAGGCUUCCCACUGCUUCCCAGCUGGGAGCUGGUGAGGGGCUGCUGGCCAGCCGGCUAGCCGGCCCACAGAGGAAUUGGGAUUUCUGGCUGGAGGCCCUUUUCUAGCAACUGGUUUGGGUGGUUCUUUCUCCUUGGGGCUCCUAGAGUCAGCCAUCCUGGCGAGGCUUGCAGGGGGUUAUGAGGCAAGAUCCCUACUGUCUGGAACAUCUUUAGUCAAGGAGGGGUGAAGUGGGUCUCGUGCCAAGCUUGAAAGGUCAUUUGACCAUGCACGGCCCUGGUUUGCUGUUUUUU